AUGCUUCGAUCUCUCCAACUUUCUUUUCGGCAACUCAGAGGAAUCAAUUUGUCGAAUAGAUUACAUAAAUUAUGGGUGAAGUAUUUUACUUUGCAGACUCCAGCAACUAUUUCUACUUUGCAAAAGAAUCAUCCGUUAAAUGGACAUUAUUCAAACUUUAAUUUAAGUGAUAUCAAUAUGAAAGUAUUAUAUACACAAGCAGAUGCGAUAGAAAUGGACCCUGGCACAGCUCUUCCGCCAUUAUUAAACCUUGAUCAGCCAAUCUCACCACAUUAUUUUAAAUUUGCGCAAUAUUUUAUCACCGAGCAGAAAAAUAUCAAAGAUAAUCGCGUUAUAGUUUUUGAAGCAUCUGCACAUUUGAUGCGUGCAUUCAUCUGCUUUGUUUAUCAGACAAAAGAAAAAAUUGAAAUGCUCAAUCAAGGCAGAGAUAGUGCAUUCCUUCCUACUUCAUUCGUAAAUGAUUUUCCAUAUUUAAUACAAGUAUUGAUGUCAUUACCAUCCGAAUAUUUCUCAGACUUUUUAUAUAUUUGGGCACAAUAUCAACAAUAUUUAAUUCCGUUACUUCCAAAACUUGUUAAAUUAGAUAACAAACACUCAUUUACGAAAGCAUUAGCUGAAAUUUUCGAAAUUUUUAAUAACUACCUAUCAAAUACACCAGAAUACUUAACGGAAUCAGCAGAAUUGACAUCAUACGUUAUUGCUUAUUUUGAUGCAUCAUUCAAAUUCAAUCCCGAUUCUUCUUUUAUUCUUGAAACUUUCAAAUCUUUUUGCAAUACUUUUUCAAAGAAUCAAAACUUACGGAAUAUAUUUCCAAAAGAAAUACUCAAAAAAUACUUAGAGCUAAUUAUUGCUAUUUUCAACUCUAUUGGCAAGUCUGAUCCAAAAUCCGACCACCAGAAGCAUUUAAAUCUUGUCAAUACAAUGUUUCAAGUCAUUCAAGUUCUUACUCCUAUUCCAAACGACCUACUUCCCGCUACAACAGGCAAUUUUGGAAUUAUGACACCAAUAAUUGAAUUUUUGGAAUGGUGUUCACGCAUAGAACUACAAACAGACAUCAUUCCUAAACCAUGUCAACUAGAUCCCGUGUAUAAAACUAUGAAAUAUCCAUCAAAUCCAUUUACAUUUCGUGAAGAAAGUUUAAUUUCACCAAUUUUACCAAUUCCUAAAUAUGGAGAGAACGCAAUGUCAACAAUCCAGCCAUUAUAUCUUGAGAAGUCACCAAUAUUAAUAUCAAUUCUUCUCAAAGUUGCAACAAUUUGCGGAAAAUCAAAUAAAGCACUUUCUGAUUUCAUUUGUGGAAUUUCAAAGUUACUUGAAUCAACGACAUCACUUAAAAUGCAAUACAUUUCCACAGUUGUUCUCUUUAGUUGCACGAACGCGAGUUCUUUUACACAAAUCAUGGAUCAAACAGGUGCAUGGUCAUCAUUUAUCACAAAAACAUUAUUUAACAAGAACACAGUUCUGAAUGAUGAAUCACCUCACAUCAUGCAACUGAAAGGAAUGGUACAAUCAAUGAUAACACGUUGUUUUCUUGCUAAAGUUAAUGAUUUCACAAAACUUAUUUCAGCAAUUGUCAAUAUUUUGACAGCAGAUGAUCCACACAACUUCAACGACAUUAUCAUUUUCAUGAACAAGAUUGUUCAAGUCAAUCCACCAGUUUUCAUCAAAUCACUAUUGAAAACAGACUUAAUUAAUUGUUUGUUGAGUACAUACUUCCAAUACAGGGAACUUGCAGCACUUAAUUUAAACGACAAAAUCAUUCGUGAUUGUCGAUCACAGAUUGCUUCAUUCAUUUUCCAAAUCAUUGACAGUUACGAAGUGAAAGAAUACAUCUAUCGAAAUGACUCAUUGAUUGAAGAAUUAUUGAUUUUUAUUUUUGAGAAAGAGACAUAUGAUAAAGGUUUAUCUAUUUUGCUGUCAUGCUUAAGUACAUUCAAAACACAUCCAUUGAUGCGUCAAUUGAAUGUUAUGCUUCGAACAGGUUUACAACAACCAAUGAACUCUCGCUGGAAACAAUUAAUUUACGAUUGUUUCGAAAAACUCACUGAUGCAGUUCAUUACAACGACGAAAGUAUUGCUGCAUUCUUCCCAUCAUCAGGCUGUUUGAACACAUUUGGAUUGAUUCCAUCCAUUUAUGCAGACAAUGAAUCUAAAGUUGAUUCAUACAAAUUCGUUGUGAAAGUCUUGAAUUUGUUCAUUAUUUUAUUCAACAAAUCACAAACAUUUCAGAUCAAUUUCUCUAAUCCUAAUGCUAAAGUUCGUCAGAACAUGGAGAAAGCACUUAACUACAUCGACAUUGAUGAAACUGUUGUUAAUUGUUUAUUGAGUUUAACAACUAACUCAACCACUACACUGAAAACAGUUUCUAAAUUUGCAGAGUUGACAUGUGUUGAUGGUUUAGCUCUUUUAUACUUUGCCGUUGAUGGCACUGUUUAUCAUCAACCAAUCAUUGAUUUUCUUAGUGAAGUAACUGAGAAUUCAAUCUCAAAUAGAUACCAAUGUUUCCGUUCUAACAUCAUUCAAUCAUUUUUGACAUUGAUUCCACACAACAACAAUCCAACAACCAUGAAAUUAUUUUCACAGAUCGGUGCAAGCUAUUUCCGAAUGAACGAAGUCAGUUUAACCAUCCGAUUACUUAAAAAUGUUGAAGAAGAUUAUGUUUUAUCUCUUUUGAGUUCUAUGAACAAGAUGACUGAACUUUAUGACAAAAGUAUUCCACGUUCAUUCUUCCAUAUUGGUUUAGAAGAUCCAGUUUUCUCUAUUCCUCCAUUCCAGAUCCAGAAGAAGUUCACAUUUUCAUGUGAAAUCUUUUUAGAAGAUGAUUUCAACAAGAACAUCAAGCGGACAUCAUUUACAUUGCAUCUCACAUCUAAGAACGAACGUUUAGAUUUAAGUAUUGUUGAAGGUAUUUUGUAUUUAGACAUCACAUCUAAAGAUAAGACUAAGAAGAUCAAAUUACUUGAUAAUCUUAAAUAUAAUGUUUGGUUCCAUCUUUUGAUCACAUUUGAACCUAAACACAUCACAAGUUACAUCAAUUAUUCACAAAUCAAUCGAAAUGAACUUGAAGAUCGAUUCACAUUUUCAGACAACAUUGUUUACUUUUCUAUCCGUGGUCAGAAAGUUAACAUCGAAAACAUCACUCUUUUCAACUCAAGUUUACCAAACUAUUUAGUUAGUAAACUCAACGAACUUGAUGACAAGACAUUGAGUAAAUGGCUUAUUUUGUCUAAAUAUUCUGCCUCACAAUUCAAUGACAACAAGUGCAUUAACUCAGUUACCGAUGGCAUUGUUUCAGCCAGUUUCAAUGGAUUAGUUGUUCCUUUCAUGAUCUCAACCGUUGAAUCCAUUCCAACAUGUGGUGGUCCACGAAUUAUUUUACCAUUGUUUACUCUUUUAGACAAGAACAAAAACCAACAAAAGUUCUUCUUGUCAUUACUUCGUUUCACUAAAAACUUGGCAAGUAAGAAUGAAAGUCUUUUUGUCAAUCAACGUUUCUUCCGCUCAUUAGGUCAUAUUUUGUUGAAAAUGAACAAAGAAUUUGUUACCGAACAAGCCAUUGAUGAAUUAUACGAAGUUUACAAACAUUUACAUCUUUUAAUUCUCAAGAAAGAGAUGAUUCGAUACAUCUGGGGUGACUUUGCCAUCUGGCAUGACAUGAGCUAUGAAUUGAAAUUGUUCAUGUUCACAGGUGUUUUCACCGGUCUUUUACAGAUUGAUCCACAAACAUUCACCGAUGUUAUUCCAUUCCGUGAAUUUUUGACAAAAUUCAUCAUUUUGUCGGAAGACGACAAAAGCAACGACUUGAUCAAACGAUGCUGGAAUUUCCUGUUUUUACUUUCACAGUGUCGAUUUGAGAGUGAAGAUGCAUUGAGUCUUUACUCAUCAAUCAUCUCAGCAUCCAACAACUUCAUCACACUUGCAUCUAUUGAAUUAUUGCGAAACUUGUUGACCGAGAACUGCCAAUCAUUGAUCGAAUUUUUCAACGCCAACAACUUUUAUCAUGCAUUUAUCCAGUUGUUGAACAGUCAGUAUGAAUGCACACGUGUCUAUGGUAUCCAUCUUUUGUAUUACAUCCACACCAAGCGCAAGAUUUAUAAUUUGAGCAAUUAUGACUUGAGUGAUGUUUUAAUUCAUGGUGUUCGUAUGUUUAUCCACAUUGACCAAACCAAUCUUUCAUUAUAUAUCACCCUUGGUGUUAUGUAUGGUUUAUUAGACUUUGCACAAGCUCCACCUAUGAAUUAUGAAUUUGAUUUCAACAAGAAAAGCAUGAAACUUAAAUAUCCACAAUUUCUUCCUAUUUUAGAAUGUUUGUUGCAACAAAGUGACAAUUCAAUGAUUUCUAAGAUUUCUAAUUUAUUGAUCAAUACAUUUCUCAAUGAUGAUGAUAGUUGUUAUGUUACAUCAGAAAUGAACUUAUGGACAUUUUGGUUGAUUUUCUUUAGUUUCCGUGACAAGAAGUUUUCUGAAUGGACUAAAGUUCUUUCUAAAGUAUUUUCAAUCAAAUCCAUUCAUCAUAAAGAUUAUGAUCCAACACGAGAUCUUACAAACAUCGACAUCUUCUGCCAUAGUUCAAAUCUCAACUCAACUAGUAUCAUUCGUAGUAUGUUGAUGGAAUCUAUUGAGAGUAGUAAAUCACAGAAGAUUGUUGAUUAUUCACUUAAAUUUGUUUUCUUCGUUAACAUUGAUGAUGACGACAUGCUGACAUUUCGUAAAGAGAAGACAUUCAAACCACAUGAAUUUGACCUUCUUCAAACAUUUGCCCAAAAGAUCAUUCUUCUUAAUCCCGACUUUGACAAAGGAGAUUUAAUUUACACUCGACAAACUAAUUCAGAUCCAUGGCCUGACUUUUACUUAGCCAUUCGUAUUGUUCGUACUAUUUGUUCUAUGGACAACAAGAUCUUUAACUCACCAUUCAUCUCAUAUAACGAAAUCCAUAUCAGUUAUGCUACCAUGUGUUCAUUGUUGAUUGUUUACAUUUACGAACAAUCACGGACGGAUGCCGAUCCACUUAUUCCCGUUUUCUGCGAGAAAUGCAAACACAGUCAUAACAAAGAACAACUUGUUAAUAGUUUAUUCAUUCUUUUAGACAAAUACAGUUAUUCAUGUGAAGAAUCUACAAUCUUGCUUGAUACAUUACACUUUGUUGACAAAUUCUAUCAAGUUGCAACUAUCGAAACAUGCAACGACAUCACGGAAGGUGUUGUCACAAACACUAUCAACGACAUCAUGCGUACCAUUGACAUUUACAAGAAGAACAAGAGCAAUUUCUAUCAUGAUCAAUAUUCACAAGUCUGCUCUCUUAUGGACUCAUUCUUCAACGAACACCAAGGCGACCAUUUCUUCUACGACAUGAAACAAGUCUACCGUUCAUCUAUUGAAUCUAUUGCAUCCGACAAUGCACGUAUCCUUCGUGGUAAUGCCAAAUUCUGGCGUGAUGUCAUGAAGAACAUGAACGACCAAAUUGGUGGUCCAUGGGGAUCCGAUGAAGAUAAGCGAGAACACUUCAUGGCAGGUAAUUACUUAGAUCCAGUUGGUCGUCGCAUCAACAUGAAGAUCAACUAUCACUUCAAUCUUCACUCAGAUGCAUCACUUCUACGCGACAAUUCAUUGGAUGAAGCAAACAACCAAAAACAAAUCUUUGUUCCACAAUCACAAGAAAAAGACGAAACCGAUGAACCGAACAACCGCAUGAACACCGUCCAGAUCGAGUGUCGUUUCAUCACACUUGCCGUCAACUACACAGGCACACUGUUUCUUGGCAACAACUUAGUUGCAUUCGAAUCAUCAUCUGCAGUUAGUUCUAUUGGUAUGGAAUCACUUAAUAAGAUGAAAAUCAUUGAAAUCAAUUUAGAUCAAAUCUCAUUUAUUCUUAAGCGUCGAUACCAACACAUCGACAACUCAGUUGAAGUUUUCACUACAUCACAUCGUAGUUAUUUCUUCUUCUUCUAUAAUGACAGCGCCCGAACUAACUUCAUGAAACAAAUCAAACAGAUGAAACCAGUUAAUUGUCGUUUCAUCCAAUUCAAAGACUCCAUGAAGUUCUACCACGAGCUUUCACUUUUCAAGAAAUGGAGCAACGGCGACAUCAGCAACUACGAGUACCUUUACUGGCUUAACAUUCUUUCAGGUCGUUCAUUCCACGAUCUUGCACAAUACCCAGUUUUUCCAUGGGUUAUUCAAGAUUACAAGAGCGAACACAUUGACUUGAAUGAUGAACGAAUCUACCGUGAUCUUAGUUUACCAAUUGGUGCAUUGAACAAAGAGCGCUUAGAAAAUCUCGAUUUCCUUUACAAAGAGACAAAAGGCACUCCAAUGGCAGCAUUAUAUCGUUUCCACUAUUCUACCGCCGCAUAUGUCAUUGGUUACUUGAUCCGUAUUGAACCAUUCACAUCAUUGCAUAUUGACUUACAGAGUGGUAAGUUCGACUAUGCUAACCGUCUUUUCUAUUCACUUGACGAAUCAUGGAGUUCAUGUGUUUCUAAGAACGCCGACUUCCGAGAACUUAUUCCCGAGUUGUUCACAUUUCCGGAUUGUUUACUUAACAGCAACAAAUUCGACCUUGGCACUCUUCAAGAUGGUGGUCGUGUUGAUGAUGUUGUUUUGCCAGCAUGGUCUAAAUGUGCAUCAUAUUUUGUUGCCAUCAACCGCCUGGCACUUGAAUCAUCAUAUGUUUCAACUAAUCUUCACAAGUGGAUUGAUUUAGUAUUUGGUUAUGAGAGUCGCGGUUUGAAUGCAGAAAAAGCACAUAACAACUUCCAUCCAUACUCAUAUUCAUCCAGUAUCACAAGUGAAGUUCUUUCAGAUCCAUCACAGUUAUCAUUCAUCCAAUCACAUGCAGCUAACUGUGGUGUUGUUCCCGACCAGUUAUUCCAACAACCUCAUCAACAACGACGAUUCAUUCCACGAAUCUCAAAACUGUCUAUUUCACACAAAACAUUUUUGUUUGAAAGUAAGAAACUAUGCACGACAGAACCAUCUAUUUUACGAUUCUCUCCACUUAAAGAUACUAUCUGGGUUCUUACCAAGUUCGGUGACAUCACACAAUACAUGGUUCCCGAAAUGACUGUUUUACAAUCUAUGAAAGUUUCACUCACCGUUCCAUCGGAUAUUGCUCGUUUGAGUUUCUUCGAGAAACACUUAGUUUUCCGCUCUAACUGCAUGUUCUUCUCCACUCCAUUCUCAACAACAUGCCGAUACAUCGACAUCAUUGAUAAGCGUUGCAAAGAAGUCAACACAUUCACUGCACACUCAGUUGCAGUUACAUCUGUUUCUAUGGACAACUACAACGGUGAUAUUCUUGCUGCCACAUCUGCAGGUGAUUCAUCACUUAUUGUUUGGAACUUGAACAAGUUUGUUGAGAAGUGUCGUAUUGUUGCCCACACAUCACCCAUUGUCGGUGUUGACAUCAACAUCUGCAGUGACAUUGUUUGCAGCAUUGAUUAUAAUGGCACUAUUGUUUUGAGUUCAGUUACUAAUGGUUCAUUCUUACACAGUUAUCAUUUGAGUGAAACACCAUCAUUUGUCAAGAUCUCACCAUUAGGUUUUGUUGUUAUUGUUUUCCAUCUUCACAACGAGAGUGGUGAUUCCACUAAACUUAUGGUUUUUGACUUUGGUCUUCGUAAAGUCUCCGAAAAAAUCUUUGAAGGUAAAUCAACAUCAUUUUGCAUGAUUGAGUUGAAAGACUGCAGUUCAUAUUUUGCUAUUUCAUUUGACACGAAAUAUCUUUACAUCUUGAACAUCUUCGACUUAGAUGUUCGAUGCAAAGGUCCUGUUAUUGACAAUGUCACUGAACUUGAAUACUCUAAAGACGACGAACGCUUAUUUGUUUUACUUCGUAAUGGUGACAUUUACAAAUUCGAAUUAUUUGAAUAA